UCACAUGAUCUCGGAUCAUCAGAAAGGCAAGAUGAGACUCCAAGUCCGCCUCCUAGGGCUCCUUGCCGUCAUCACCGCCUGCAAGUGCAGUUAUAGUCCAGAGCCUGACCAGCGUCUGACGCUGCCCCCAGGCUGGGUGUCCCUGGGCCGUGUGGACCCUGAGGAAGAGCUGAGUCUCACUUUUGCCCUGAAACAGCAGAACCUGGAGAGACUCUCAGAGUUGGUACAAGUGCUAUCGGAUCCCAGCUCGCCUCAAUACGGAAAAUACUUAACCCUAGAGGAUGUGGCUGAGCUGGUCCAGCCAUCGCUGCUUACCUUCCUCACAGUCCAAAAAUGGCUCUCGGCAGCUGGAGCCCGAAACUGCCAUUCCGUGACCACCCGGGAUUUUCUGACUUGCUCUCUAAGUGUCCGUCAGGCAGAGCUACUGCUCCCCGGAGCUGAGUUUCAUCGCUUUGUGGGGGGACCUGCAGAGACCCAUGUUGUAAGGUCCUUACAUUCCUACCAGCUUCCUCAGGCCUUGGCCCCUCAUGUGGAUUUUGUGGGAGGCCUACACCGCUUUCCCCCUACCUCAUCCCUGAGACAACGCCCCGGACCGCAAGUGGCAGGAACUGUUGGCAUGCACUUGGGAGUGACUCCUUCUGUGAUCCGUCAACGAUAUAACUUGACAGAACAAGAUGUGGGCUCUGGCAGCACUAACAACAGCCAGGCUUGUGCCCAGUUCCUGGAACAGUACUUCCAUAAUUCAGACCUGGUUGAGUUCAUGCAUCUCUUUGGUGGCAAAUUUGCACACCAGGAAUCAGUGGCCCGUGUGGUUGGAAAACAGGGCCGGGGCCGGGCCGGGAUCGAGGCCAGUCUUGAUGUGGAAUACUUGAUGAGUGCUGGUGCCAACAUCUCCACAUGGGUCUACAGCAGCCCUGGCCGGCAUGAGGCACAAGAGCCCUUCUUACAGUGGCUCCUGCUGCUCAAUAAUCAGUCAGCCCUACCAUACGUGCACACUGUGAGUUACGGAGAUGAUGAGGACUCCCUCAGCAGUGCCUACAUCCAGAGGGUCAACACCGAGUUUAUGAAGGCUGCUGCUCGAGGUCUCACUCUGCUCUUUGCCUCAGGUGAUAGUGGAGCGGGUUGUUGGUCUGUCUCUGGAAGACACAAGUUCCGGCCUAGCUUCCCUGCAUCCAGCCCCUAUGUUACUACAGUGGGAGGCACUUCCUUCCGGAAUCCUUUCCUUGUCACAAAUGAGAUAGUUGACUACAUCAGCGGUGGUGGAUUUAGCAAUGUGUUCCCACAGCCUUCAUACCAGGAAGAAGCUGUAGCCCAAUUCCUGAAGUCUAGCCCCAAACUGCCACCAUCCAGUUACUUCAAUGCCAGUGGCCGUGCCUACCCAGAUGUUGCUGCACUUUCUGAUGGCUACUGGGUGGUCAGCAACAGUGUGCCCAUUCCAUGGGUGUCUGGAACCUCGGCCUCUACUCCAGUGUUUGGGGGGAUCUUAUCCUUGAUAAAUGAACACAGAAUCCUCAGCGGCCGCCCUGUUCUUGGCUUUCUCAACCCAAGGCUGUACCAGCAGCGUGGGGCAGGACUCUUUGAUGUAACACAUGGCUGCCAUGAGUCCUGUCUGAAUGAAGAAGUGGAGGGUCAGGGUUUCUGCUCUGGUGCUGGCUGGGAUCCUGUGACAGGCUGGGGAACACCCAACUUUCCAGCCCUACUGAAGACACUACUUAAGCCUUGACCCUUUCUUGCCAGAAAAGCCGAACAGUUCAUCCAUGCACUUCCAUGGCUCACUUCCUUUUUCUGCCUUGUUGGGACCCCUGCUGUACCCUCAACUGUUGAUUUCUGUAGACAGCUUAUCUCCCUAACCCUGACUCCCAAUCCUACUGGGCUCUAUCAUGCUCAAGUCCCCCAACUUCUGCUUUAAGCUCCUUCCCAAGAUGUAAUCACUAGCAUUUUUCUUUUCUUCCCACUUCCUCUUUUCAGUCAAGGAUGUGAAAACAGAGAAGGGUACAGCCUGUUAGCACUGAUACCAGCAGGCCCAGAUCUGGUGCCCAUUUCUAUAAUAUUAUGUGCACUAUUUCACUUCAACUUUGCCCUCCAGUUAAUGAAGUUGUUGCCCCAUCUUUUACUCUUUCCUCCCUGAUGCUGAGAGGCAAUGGCCUCCUUGUUUACCUCCACUGUAUACUUAUCAAUCUGUGCACAAUGAUGUAUUUCCUAGAAAUUUUCUUCCAGGGCUUAAUUUUGAUCACUUCUACCUUCCUCACUCGUAAACUUGUCUCUGCUUCCUCACAGAAUGUUGGCUAUUCUUCAUUGCUUUAUUCUCUUUUGUACUUAUUUUACUCAUUGUUUCCUGGAACAAACCACUGGCAUCUAUAGCCAUCUCACUAGAUCACAUUUCUACUCAAUAGUGAUUGAUACCUCAAAUAUAAGACCUCAUCUCCCUCCAUCCCAGCCCCAAAACUUCUUGUUUUGUCUUGGUAAGUACUGUGCUUCUUUGAACCAAGCCAGAUGUCUGUGUCUUUGAUUCUCAUUUUUUUUCACUCCUCUACUACCUUCAGUUUAACCCAUCCUACUGACUCUUAAAUAUACCUUAUCCGAUCCAAAAGUCUUCCUAGUUAUAUUUCUGAGUAUCUCUAGAACAUAUCCACCUUUCUCCAUCCACACUGCUACUGUAAUUCAGAGAAUGACAUAAAACCCUUGAAAAGAAAACCAAAACAAAAACAAUGUGUGUCCUUCCUGCUCAUCACUAAAUCACCUUACAGAGUAAAACACAAUACUAUAAAGCUAUUUAGUUGAUAAAAUCCUUUCAAAGAUUACUGGGUUAAGCAUGGGCAUUUUUUUUUUUUUUUUUGCCAGUCCUGGGGCUUG